UGUGGUCAGUCCUCGCGUUCCCGGAAGUGACGUGUCGGGCAACACCAGCAGCAGCAGCAGUCGAAAUGAAGCUGGACUCAAUCGAUGAUGAGGAUGUGGCUUUAUUUGAUGCUGAGGAAGAUUCAGCCGCAAGAAAGAACAAGAUCAGGCAUCCGGUGGCUUCGUUCUUCCAUCUGUUCUUCCGGGUCACUGCCAUCCUGGUCUACCUGCUGUGUGGCUCAGUCGGUGGAUCCUUCAUCGCCUGUAUGGUCACCAUCAUCCUCCUCCUGUCAUGUGACUUCUGGACUGUGAAGAAUAUAACCGGCCGUCUGAUGGUGGGUUUGCGCUGGUGGAAUCAAGUGGAUGAUGAUGGAAAAAACCAUUGGGUGUUUGAGUCCAGAAAGGCCGGUGCGAAUCAGUCUUCAGCAUCCCGCUCCUCAAACGCAGAGUCUCGUAUCUUCUGGCUGGGUCUGAUCAUCUGUCCCGUCGUCUGGGUCAUCUUUGCUUUCUUUACGCUCGUCUCCUUUAAGAUCAAAUGGCUGGCCGUGGUGAUUUUGGGAAUGGUGUUACAGGGAGCCAAUCUCUACGGAUAUGUGCGCUGUAAAGUAGGAGCCCGAACAAACCUGAAGAACAUGGCCACUAAUUACUUUGGACGGCAGUUUCUAAAACAGGCUUUCACAAAACAAGAGGAGUCUUAGGAAGGAGCGUCUGACCUGAGUUCUCACUAUUUCCAUUGAUGAGCUUUUAAUGUUAUAUAUUUUUAAGACCGGUUAAAAUGAAGGGCAGUGGUUGCUUUAGAAAUGGUUACUGAUUUGUGGGAUUUUUAUUAUAAUUUUUUUUUGUCAACCACAACCUGUUAAAUAAUGUGUUUGACAUUUAAAAUACCUUUAACUUCUUUAUAGUUUUUGUUUGAUCUCUAACUAAUUGAAAGUGUUUAGAGUAUGUUUUGUUAUAUAACGACAUGCAUUAUGCUUCUGUUUUGCAGAUGUACAUAUUUAUAUACUGCUGUACAUUACUGUAUACUUUCUGUAGUUAAUUGUAUGAAGAUUGAUUGAUUGCUUGAUCAGUAAAUUUAAGAAAUAAAAGUUUUGGGUACAACUGGA